UAAAAGAAACAACAUGUCUAUGUUUUUACAGUAACAAAUUUAAUCAUGUCAGAGCGUUCUAAGACAACAGAAAUCCCUCAAGAAGAACGUGGCCUCACUUCACCUGUCUUUGUUGGCAUUAAGCAGGAUUUUGUGGAAAAACAAAAAGUGAAAUCCAAUGUGAAUGGCAGGGAUAUUGUUGUAUUUUAUCAUAACCAGCAAUUUUAUGCAAUGGACCAACAUUGCUACCAUGCUGGAGGUCCUUUAGAGGAAGGUGAUAUAGAAGACGUUGGUGGGCAUUGGUGCAUCAUUUGUCCAUACCACAAACAGAGGAUAACCUUGGACACUGGAGAGGGCCUGCAUUUCUCAUUUGAUCCUAAAGAUUUCAAGAAGCCACCCAAAUUAUGUUCUAAAGGAACUGUACAGAGAGUCCACCAAGUGCAAGUUGUUGAAGACAAAGUCUAUGUGACACUUUCAGACUCAAAAGAAUACUUUCCGUCAGACUACUUUUACUCCAAACAAAUUAGGAAGAAGUAAUUAACAUCGCAAACAUACUCCACA